UUAUUAGCAAAGCACACAAACGGAUUCAGGAGUGUAUAGGUAGUCUAAUCUUAGCACCGGAAUGUGGCUGCAAGAUCUCCAAUGUAUAUUCACAACAUAAACUUCAAAAGAAUAUCAAUAUGUAUUUUAGUGCUAAUUCAAAUUUCUUUAAUCGUUUCGUAUUACUUCGUCCAAAAAGAUAACGGAGCGAAUUCCGGCAGCAGCAAAAUCUCCUUCUUAAAUUCAAGAAAUUACCAACAAUCGCCUAAUAUAACAUAUCACACUGUGAAAGAUGAAUUAAUUCUACCCAAACUUCAUGUAAGGGACAAGUUUACAGACUUUAACUCCAGUUUAUGCUUCACGAAUGGCACAGACCUCAAAUCAAUGGAGAGAACAAAAAGUUCAUGGACAUGUGAAUGCAAAACUGGGUGGCAUGGUCCUGAGUGUGGACAACCAGAAAUUGUAUGGAGAGCAUUAUUAACUAAUAAACAGAAGUUAAAAGUGAAGGGGCCCAUGAAAUACUCAAGGAGAGUAUUGUAUAUAUUUGAAGUGAAUGAAUUUAUGGAGAACAUUAUUGAUAUACGAAUCAAUGAGCUUCAUGAUGUGAUAGACAUGUUCAUAAUAUUUGAGAAUGAAGGCAACAAAAUUGAAAAAUUAUUGAAGAAUGGUUUCCUUAAAAAAUAUCACAAUAAGAUCCUAUACAUCAAAAACUUGAUUGUGAAAAAUCUCUACCAAUCUAUUACCUCAUCCUUGAGGAACUUGGAGAAUAAUGAUAUAAUUGUUUUUAGUAAAUCUAUGGAAAUUCCUAAUAAGUUAGCUUUAGGUUUCCUCAAAUAUUAUGAUAAUUGGCCUGAACCUAUAUCAUUUCGACUUCGGUGGUCAGUUUUUGGCUUUUUCUGGAAACAUCCUAGAAAAACCAGGACAGAAGGAAUAGCUUUUUCCGUGAAAUAUAUGAAAAAGACAUUUGCCUCAAACUUUGAGGAGUUAUAUAAAAGACGCCCGGUUCUAGGAUUAGUUCUAGGAGACUUGAAUCAUUAUGGUGGAUGGUUCUGUGAGUAUUGUAUGGAUCCCAUUCAAAUAAUCAAAUAUGCAAAUGAAGAAAAUCUUGAACUAGUUAAAUGGAAACAAUUGAAUAAAAAUCAGAUCGAUGUGAGCUACAUUGAAGAUCUGAUAGGGAAUGGAUUAUAUGUUGAUGGAAAGACUGAAUUAGAGAGGAGCAGGAAAUACCAAGAUCUUUACUUUGCACCAACUUAUGUUUCUGAUAAUUCAAUGAAAUAUGACUUUUUACUAAUCAAUUUGUAUACGAAAUUGGAUUACUAUGAAGGUUGAAUAUAAAUUUUUGUUCAACUACGAGUGUAAUGCUGUGACUAUGAUGUGGGCAUAAUUUGAAGAUGAGAAAAUAGUGAGAAAUAUUUCAUGUUGAUGAAGUAUUGUGAGGAACCGUAAUAUAAUUGGUACUACUAGUCAUUGGAGUAUUCCCGAUUCAGUUUAUGUUGAGAUAUCCAUUUUUAACCAAUGAAAUACUACCCUUACUAAGCUGAGAAUUUUUUUCUGAAGAAAUCAAAUUAAAACUGUGAUAUAAUAUUUAAAUAAAAUUGUUAAUAAAAUGGCUUUUCUA